AUGAGGUGCACCAGAUUCAAGAUUGAUCGUGGCUGCCCUGGAUUCAAGAUUGAUCGUGGCUGCCUUGGAUUCAAGAUUGAUCGUGGCUGCCCUGGAUUCAAGAUUGAUCGUGGCGGCCCUGGAUUCAAGAUUGAUCGUGGCUGCCCUGGAUUCAAAAUUGAUCGUGGCUGCCCUGGAUUCAAGAUUAAUCGUGGCGGCCCUGGAUUCAAGAUUGAUCGUGGCGGCCCUGGAUUCAAAAUUGAUCGUGGCUGCCCUGGAUUCAAGAUUGAUCGUGGCUGCCCUGGAUUCAAAAUUGAUCGUGGCUGCCCUGGAUUCAAGAUUGAUCGUGGCGGCGCUGGAUUCAAGAUUGAUCGUGACUGCCCUGGAUUCAAGAUUGAUCGUGGCUGCCCUGGAUUCAAGAUUAAUCGUGGCUGCCCUGGAUUCAAGAUAGAUCGUGGCGGCCCUGGAUUCAAGAUUGAUCGUGGCUGCCUUGGAUUCAAGAUUGAUCGUGGCGGCCCUGGAUUCAAGAUUGAUCGUGGCUGUCCUGGAUUCAAGAUUGAUCGUGGCUGUCCUGGAUUCAAGAUUGAUCGUGGCUGCCCUGGAUUUAAGAUUGAUCGUGGCUGUCCUGGAUUCAAACGUUGA